CUUCAGAAAACCUCUUCUCCUUCUCCUUCUCCUUCUCCUCCUCCGCCUUAGCUUCUUCCCCCUGUUCUGGCCUCUCCUUCUUCUUCCUUCUUCCUUCCUUCUUCUUCCUCUGCGCCUUCCUUCCCGUUGCUCUGUUUCUUUGCUUUCUCGCCCUGCUCUCCUCCGUUCCUUGCCCGUGCAGAGAAGCCGAAACUCUGUUCGAGAACCCUGCUCCUCCAUCCCGAUUGUUUUCAUGCUUACCCUAAAGACGCUGCGGUUCUUGAUGCUCCGGGACUCAUGACGUCUCCCGUGCUCAGCGAGAUCCUCCUCUUGGGUUUUAUGGUCAACUCCACCCUCCGCCGCAGGACCCACCUCGUUCAAUCCUUCUCCGUCGUCUUCCUCUACUGGUUCUACGUUUUCUCAUGAACGCGCUCCCUCCGCUCCUCUUCCAACCCUGAACGCUUCGAUAGAACUCGCCUUGUAGUCUUUCCUGCGUGCUUUAUCCUAGUUUCCGGGCUGUAGUUUUUUUUUUUUUGUCCUUUUUUUUUGUUCCUGGUUGCCAGUGUUGUGCUGUUUGUAUUGUGGUCAUGGCUUCUUCCAGCACGGGAGCGUCUUCCGGGUCGUCCUCCUUUGCGCUCCAGAACUCGGGCUCCGAGGGGUGCGUGCAGGAGCAGAACCAGAUCAUGGACCAGCGGAAGCGGAAGCGGAUGAUCUCGAACCGCGAGUCCGCCCGCCGCUCGCGGAUGCGGAAGCAGAAGCACCUGGACGACCUCAUGGCCCAGGUUGGGCAGCUCAGGGGCGAGAACGCCCAGAUCCUGCAGAGCCUGAACGUGACGAGCCAGCUCUACCUGAGCAUCGAGGCCGAGAACUCCGUCCUCAGCGCCCAGGCGGCGGAGCUGAGCAACAGGCUGCAAUCGCUGAACGAGAUCAUCACUUACGUCCAUUCCACGAGCUUGCUCUUCGAGACCGACGACCAAGCGGAGGUGCUCGGUGGCGACGACGGAUUCAUGAACUCGUGGAACGCGUCGGCGUGGAUGAAUCCGCCCGUCAUGGCUCCGGCCGACAUCCUGAUGUACUGAUGCGAAAAUGGGUGUGGUUGACUGAUGGAUGUGCGGCUGGUUGGAGUCAAAGACUCUGUGGUUCGAGGGACGAAGAUCAAGAGAGAUUUUAGCUGCUGGAUGGUUCCAUUUUCUUACCGUUUUUCUUCUUUCUUUUUUCGUCUGUUGGUCGAGAAAAUCUGGCUACUGGGGAUAUAUUAGGCCUGUAAGAUGGAUCAUUAUUA